CUCCAGCGCGUGCUCAGUUGCUCCACCGACCCUGGGGCCAGGCCCCGCCACCUGCCGCCCAAUCACAUCCGACUCCCUCCGGCCCGGCCCUUCAUAUUCGGAGUGCUCGCUCGCGCGUCCUGGAGCUCCCUGCGGGCGCGCGGAGCUCCCUCCGGCCGCAAUUAAUGAUGCCUGGAAGUUGACGUACAUACACAUUCAGAAAUGUUUUGCCACCUGAGACCUGUAAGGAGCUUGUGUCUGGAGAAGGCAUUUCCACACUGGCUUUCCUGCUCGAGAGCUUUCUCAGGAGCCGAAGCGGUCAACGCUCUGAGGCCGUUCUACUUCGUGGUGCAUCCCGAUUUCUUCGGCCAGCACCCCAGGGAACGGGAAGUUAAUGAGAAUUCUCUUCAGAAAUUAAGUGUCUACUUAGAAAACCUCCAGAAACCAGGCUUCAAGUCUUUGAAACCAACGCAGCUCACAUUUUAUGUGAGAGAGACAGACCAACAUUCCCCUGACAGCCAGGCAACCUUCAGUACUUUCGGAUUUCGAGCAGUCAAAUUUACUUUGCACACCAGAGAUCUGCUAAGCACAGUAUUAUAUAUUCUCAACUCCUGCAGUUUGUCAGUUGAACACGUCCAAAGUUCGAAUAGCAGUGUGCACCCCCAGCCUCUCAAAGAGGCCAGAGGGGUGCCUGACAGGCCCAUCAAAUGGGACAAGUCUUAUUACUCCUUUACUGGAUUCAAGGACCCGGAUGAAGACCUCGAACAAGUCUCAAGAGCGGAAACAACCCUAACAUCCUGGCUAGAUAGCAAUGGGAAACGUGCGGUUAAAAGGCUGGAGAACAGUUUGCCACUCAGAAAAGAACUAGACCGUUUAAAAGAGGAGCUGUCUCGUCAGCUGCAGCUCUCAGACAUCAGGUGGCAGCGGAGCUGGGGCGUCGCCCACCGCUGUAGCCAGCUGCAGAGUUUGGGCCGCUUGGCACAGCAGAACCUGGAAACACUUAAAAAUGCUAAAGGAUGCACGGUGAUAUUCACAGACCGCUCCGGGGUGAGCGCAGUGGGCCAUGUGAUGCUGGGGACGAUGGACGUGCACCACCACUGGACCAAGCUUUUUGAAAGAUUACCAAGUUACUUUGACCUCCAGAGGAAGCUGAUGUUUUUAGAAGACCAAAUAAGCUACCUGCUCGGCGGCAUACAGGUUGUUUAUAUUGAAGAAUUACAGCCAGUACUGACACUGGAGGAAUACUACUCGCUUCUCGACGUGUUCUAUAACCGACUGUUGAAAAGUAGAAUACCUUUUCACCCUCGAAGUCUGCGUGGUUUACAGAUGAUCCUCAACAGUGACAGAUAUGCUCCAAGCCUGCAUGAUCUCGGGCACUUUAACAUCCCGACCCUCUGUGACCUCGUAUACCUGCAGUGGUUCCUGCUCACCAAAGCCCAGCAGGCCAGAGAGAACAUGAAGAGGAAAAAUGAGUUGAAGGUUACUGAAAGUGAAUUGAUACAGGCUUCAACAAAAAAAUUUUCCCUGGAAAGGUUUUAUAAGGACCCCAGCGUCUCGAGCGUCCAGAUGGUGGACUGCUGUACGAGGCUGCUGGACCGGCCCCUGCCCUGGCUGCACGGGAUGCACCUCUGCGUCUCGAACUUCUACUCUGUCAUGCAGGAUGGCGACCUCUGCAUCCCCUGGAACUGGAAGAAUGGAAGAGCCACUAAAUAACCAAGAAAUCUGCAUUAUUUUUAAAGAGAUAAGAAAGAAACCUUUGAACGUAUUUAAACCCACGAUUCACUACGUUGAUAUUAUUUACCUGCUCCAAGAACAAAGGGACUGCUGCUGCUGCUGUAAAAGUAGACCUUUUUUAAGUUUCAUUUCUGUUGGGAAACUUGUUUUCAAAAGGUUUUAACUCCUGGUCUUACCGGAUUGGCAAGACUAGGUAAAAUGCUGUUGGGAAAAAAGAAUGUAUUUUGUGGUAUGUAAAUGAGGCAUUACAGAGUUAACGAUGUAUAUUUUUAUAUGAGCAAAUGUGGGUAAGCGUGUGACCCUGUUCCACACGGAACCUCACAGUCACGUCUCGUGCAUGAGCACACGCAUGCGCUCUGCAGCCAGAAUGGAGAGCUGGUGUCCAAGACAGAAGACUGGUGGGCAGCAAGAACUAGACGACUGAAUUUUGCCGAACAGAGAAUAGAGGGAAAAAGCAAUCAAACAGAUAUGUGGUGCUGACAAUGAACUCAGCAGUCAGAUACCAGUUUGUUGCAACAUCUCUAGAGGCAGAAUGUAGUGUUGAGUCCGUACAUUUUCCUUCCCCUUGGAACGGUGUGACUGCAGCGUGAAACCAACGGACAGCAGAUUUUCCGGAAUCACUUAAUGAGGUGACUCGUUUGUUGCCGUGGAAAACGCUAUCCAGAAAAUUCUUGUUUCCCAAGAGUUCCAGCAAGUGGGGUCAAGUGCAACAUGGUUCCAAACACUCGGGUUUUCCGUCACCCCUCUCAGCCUGUCUUCCCGUUCCGGCCACCGUCUGGAGUGCUGGUUAAACCCAGCAAGCCACCCCCACACAGCCCAGCAGCCCCAAGGGGCGUGGUGUGGCCGCUCUGAAGACUCCGCUGUCUGCUGUAUCGGGUUAGAAACCCCUUCAGCUUGUUUCUGCGGAAGACAAGCUGUGUCCUAACUUGGGACACUGUUUCCAUGCCUCUUGGUGCUGAAACAGCAAGACAGGAACUUUCCCCAGUGCGUUAGAAAGGAAAGAUGUUUAGAAACAUUCUUGAUGUAUGUUUUAAAUCAAUCUAAAACACUGAUUAUUUAAACUUUAAAUGUGUUCCAAAGAAAUAUUGAUUUGUAAUUUUUAGUGUGUGUGUGUGUGUGUGUGUGCGUGCGCGUGCAUAUCAUCCCUCUGAACCUGUGCCUAAUAGCUGUACUUAACGUUGUUUUCUAAUGUAACAAAUGUUCCCAGAGUCAAAUGAUGGGAGUGAAAAAUUCCUUACUUGUUAUGUAAGAAAGUUUAUUGGAAAAAUGCAUUUGGAUUAUGCCAUUUCUAAAAUCAGCUAAUAUAGGACCCUCAGUAAUACGUUUUGAAUUGAAAUUUGUCUCAGAACUAAUUGUUACAUAAUAAAUAUGUGAAUCAGA